AUGAGUAAACAAAUAGAAGAGUUGAGAGCCCUGAAAGAUCGAAGAUCAAGAAAUCGUGAAGUACGAGAUUUUGAAGAAAGGAUUUUGUUGGAUAAUCUUGAAGAAACAGAGCGUAUGUUAAAUGGAACUCCUAUUAAUACACAUCGUAAAAAAUUUCCACUAUCAAAACAUGAAGAUCUGAGACAGCUUCAAGUAGAGUAUGAGCGAAUGAGAGAGGAAGAAAAGAGACAGUGUCAGGAUGUAGGUCGACCAAGACGCAGACAAUCUAAUCGUAGUGAUGAAAGUAUGAGUAUACAUCUAAUUAGAGAUCGCAGUAAAUAUAAUCCUAACAAUGAUCCCAAACUUCAAUCAUUAGCAGCUAAUCAUGGAAAACAGAUGGAAUUUUUGUCCAACAGAAAUAAAGAUUUGGAGAGACAAAGAGAUGAGAUCCGAAGGCGUUUGGGUGCAUUGGGAAAGAAGCCAGCAGAUACAGACAAUACAUCAGCAUUACUAGCAGAACUCAGAGAUCAGGAAGCAAGAAACCAAAGAUUAUUAGAUGAACUUAAAAAACAACUUUUGGCUUCCAGACAACCUGUUGCUAUUAUUGGAGAGCAACAACAAGUUCAGCAGAAGAAAACCUACACUUAUCCUGUAUAUUAUGGGAAUUCAUUGGUAGCAGAAAUCAGUGCUAUUCGACAAGCUUACAUACAGAGUGGUGGAAAUGAUCCUGAAAUCUUGGCUCAACUGGCUCAGAUGUUAGCAGAGGCUCAAGCAAUUGAAGAAGCCAUGAGGAACAAAAGGCCACCAGAACCAAAGAGAAAAGAGAAAAAGACCACUGAAGUCACAUCUCAUGUAAUGACAAUGGAUAUGGAGAAUGAAAGAUUAAACAGGGAACUCUUGUUACUGCAAGAACAGAAUCUUAUGGCUCGUAACAGACGUAAAGAUGAUAGAGAAGGUAGGCUGCCAUCAUUAAGGCUUGGUCUUGGAGGAACACUUGGAUCUGGUCUUGGAUUUCUAGGAAGCACUUCACGAUUAGGAAUGUCUGGACUAGGUACUUCAGGUCUUGGGUUAACUGGAACAGGUUUAACCUUGGGUCAGUCUUCCAGAUACAGUUCCUUGCACAAACCUCUUUAUGGUAGCUCUACUUUCAGUUCUAAUCCUCUGUAUAAAUCUAUUUUAGAACAAUCUGACAAUAAUAAUAUAAAUGUAGGGCUAUUAAAUUCUAUGACAGGUCGGGCUUCUGUUUUGGGUCGACCUGGCACAGGAUUAGGUUAUAGAUCUUAUAGACCUGGAUUGUCUUAUAGAAAUUCUUUUUUAGGUGAGGGUGGCCAAACUUCUGUCUCCAAGUAUGGUCUAAACCCUUCAAUCAGGGACUCUUUAGAAUUGCGUAAUAAUAAUAAUCUUGUUGAUAUUGGCACAAGCCCAAUUUCUUCCUCUCGAUUAGCUAGGCCUCUUACUUCCUUGGGAUUGCGAAGUCCAGUUAUUGUUGAACCCAACCAACGAAAGCCAUAUCCAUUAGACAGUGUUCUACCACCAGAUACAAUCAAUGUUUCUUCUAAUACUCCAUAUCAGGCAUCUUACAUAAGUUCGUAUCCUCAUUCAAAGAUUGAAAUUGAACUGAGAGAUAGCUUUGAAAAUUUUGAGGAACCAUAUGAAUAUAAUGAAACACAUCCAACUGUUCCUAAAUUAAAAUUGCAUACUGAUCCUCCUCCUGAAGAUAAAGAGUCAGACAAUCUAAAAGAAGAGGAAAAACUGCCUUCUCCAUCCAAAGAUAAAAAGAAGAAAAAACCUAAACCGUCUCCCAAAAAUCGUCCUGAAACAAGAAAUUCUGACGGUAGUAGAUCAUCAAUUGUAGAGCCUAAACCUUUAAAGUCUGCAUUAAAAAACUCUAAAACUUUAGAGCCAUCUUCACCCUCUGAUCUCAAUAAUCAUCCUUCAAAUCUAAAAUCAUUUGCUGGACCUGAUGAUUAUGAGGUCUAUGAUUCUGAUGUGAUAUAUGACCCAGUUCCUGAUACUGUACAAAAUCCUCCACCUAAAAAACCUUUAUAUACACCCAAAGUCUAUGAGCAGUUGAAUACUCAAAAAAUAAUUCCUAUUGAUUCUGCUAGACCUUUGCAAAGUACAAAUCAGUUUUUACCCAUAUACUCUGCUCAGCCAUAUGUAUCACCAGUUCCUAUACAAACCACAACUCCAAUUGUGUCAUCUGUUCCUCAAUAUUAUAUACAGCCAAUCACACAGCCUACCUAUAUUCCUCCUGCUAACCCAGAAACUUAUGCAGUACCUCCUAAAACAGGAGACACAGAUCCUACACCCAAUACUCAGUCAACUCAACCUCGCGUUACAUACUUACCUAUGUCUCAUCCUGACAUGUAUCAACCACCACCAACUACUGCUGUUUCUAGCGCAGCUUCCACUCCCACUUCAUCACAGAGAAAUUCACGUCUGAGAUCACAUCGACACAGACCUGGAGUCAGUCCCAUACCAGAAGAAAGUCUUUCAGCUCGCCCUGCACCGGUUGGCGAUUCAAGUCCUUCACCUUUUGAUACUACUCUUGAUUCUCAAGAACCAAGACGAGUUCUCCAUUCUUAUCCUAAACCACCAUCUGACCCCAAUGAUCCAUACAAUUAUUAUGCAAGAAUACCACCUGUAACAGUUAUUAACUAUCCUUCACCAGUUCUCCCUUCUCCUCGAAAGGCUCAAGAUGAAAUCAUUAUAAUUUCUGGAAACAAUGAUAACAAUGAUACGGGGGGUUCGGGAGAUUGUCAAAUAUGUUCAGCUUAUUUCACACAUAUCCCUUUUGAUUCUGGCAAUGAUUCCUCCCAAUAUCCUCAAAUGCCAUAUAACUAUUCACAAUAUUAUUAUCCUCAACAAUAUCCUCAAUAUUAUCCUCAACAACAGCCACAACAAGCUGUUCAGGCACCUACCUCUGAGGAGCUAAAGGCAAGAGCAACCACUGUUGCUCCUCCAGCGGAUCCACCAACAAUUACUGCAAGUGUUGAACACCACAGCAAUGGCCAUUCACACACUUUGCAUGUACCUCCAAUGUCUAGUAGAGCUCCUACAGCUGCUACUAUCAUACCUAAUGAUAGUGCAUCAGUUGUUCACAGUGCUAGAGAACAUAAAUCACAUCGAUCACAUAAGUCUCAUAAAUCACAUAAAUCACACAAAUCACAUAAAUCACACAAAUAAUGUGUAUGUAUCUGGAUUGCCAAACAAUUGCCAAUUUCCAAAGCUGAAUAUAUUUUACAAUGUCCUCUGAACUUGCCAAAUCCUUUGUGCCAAAUUUUUAUGAACCAUUUUGAUUAGAACAAGCUUUCAUGAAAAUAUAUAUAAUAUUUUAAACUUUCAAUACUCCAAACAAUAUAUUCUUCACUCUUAGUUUAGAAUUAUGUUUCUGCUUCUUUUCUGUGUUUAGCACUUGGUGUUUCUCUGUGUGCAACCUUUUUAUUUAGAACUUUUUUGACAACUGGAAAAUGUAAACAAGCUUGUUCUCAUUAAUUUGGUUCUUUGUUAUAAGCAUAAGCUGAGAAUUGUACUUACCUGUUAGAUUUUAGAAAGUUUAUCAAUUAUUUUUUUUUUUCAAAUUGUAUAUUUAAAAGAAGACAGUUUAUAAAUCUGUAUAUUUUAAGAAAUAAAUUUCUAUUUUUAU